AUGCCGCAGCGUCGUCAGAAACGCAAGCACCACAAGGAAGAAGGAGGUCCUAAGGCACAAAGGGAGGCCCGGAGUCUGGUUGGUGUGCAGGUUCCCAGGCCUGAGGAGGAGGGGGCCUGCUCUGCCGGCAUCUCCUCCAGUUCCACACAUACCCUUAGGGAGGUGCCUUCUCCCGAGCCACUGUAUUCUACACAGGUGACUCAGAGUUCCUCCACCCUCUCUGUUGCCGUGGCCCCCACUCCAUGCAUCCCAUUCACCGAAGUCUCCAGCAGCCAAGAAGAGGAGGGUCCAUUCCCCUGGAAGAACCUAGAAGACCGUGAGUCCCUGUUGGGAGACCCACUGGAUGAGAAGAUGGCUGACUUGGUGCAGUUCCUGCUCCUCAAGUAUCAAAUGAAGGAGCUGACCACCAAGGCAGAAAUGCUGAGCAGCGUCUUCAAAAACUACCAGGAUGACUUCCCUGUGAUCUUCAGAGUAGCCUCUGAGUGCAUGCAGCUGGUCUUUGGUGUUGACGUAAAGGAAGUGAAACACUCUGGCCACUCCUAUGCCAUCGUCAAUGCUUUGGGCCUCACCUAUGAUGGGGUGCUGGGCGAUGACCAGAGCAUGCCCAAGACGGGCCUCCUGGUAAUCAUCCUGUGCAUCAUCUUCAUGGUGGGUGACCGUGCUUGUGAGAAAGAAGUCUGGGAAAUGCUGAGUGUGAUGGGGGUGUAUGCUGGGAGGGAACACUUCAUCUAUGGGGAGCCUAGGAAAUUCAUCACUGAAGAUUUGGUGCAGGAACAGUACCUGGAGUAUCGCCAGGUGCCAGGCAGUGAUCCUGCUUGCUAUGAGUUCCUGUGGGGUCCAAGGGCCCGUGCUGAAACAAGCAAGAUGAAAGUCCUGCAGUACUGGGCCCGGGUCCAUGGGAGUGACCCUCGGUCCUACCCUUCCCUGUAUGAAAAGGCUAUGAGAGAAGAGGAAGAGGGGGCCCAAGUGCCAAAAGUAGCCAGGGCCACCAGAAGGGGCAGGGGACGGGCCAGGUCCAGGAGAUAUGGCAGGGCUACAUCCAAAAGCUCCCGCUCCCCCAUGUGA